AUGUUCCGCACGGUGUCCCCCAGCCGCACCUUCCUCCGGCUCCCCCUGCUGCAGUUGCUGCUGCUGGUACAGGCAGUGGGGAGGGGGCUGGGCCGUGCUAGCCCGGCCGGGGGCCCCCUGGAAGAUGUAGUCAUCGAAAGGUACCACAUCCCCAGGACCUGUCCCCGGGAAGUGCAGAUGGGGGACUUUGUUCGCUACCACUACAACGGCACUUUCGAGGAUGGCAAGAAGUUUGACUCCAGCUAUGACCGAAGCACCUUAGUGGCCAUCGUGGUGGGCGUGGGGCGCCUCAUCACCGGCAUGGACCGAGGCCUCAUGGGCAUGUGUGUCAACGAGCGGCGACGCCUCAUUGUGCCUCCCCACCUGGGCUACGGCAGCAUCGGUGUGGCGGGGCUCAUUCCCCCGGAUGCCACCCUGUACUUCGAUGUGGUCCUGCUGGAUGUGUGGAACAAGGCAGACACGGUGCAGGUGAGCACCUUGCUGCACCCAGCCCACUGUCCCCGCACGGUCCAGGACAGCGACUUUGUCCGCUACCACUACAAUGGCACGCUGCUGGAUGGCACUGCCUUUGACACCAGCUACAGUAGGGGCGGCACUUAUGACACCUACAUCGGCUCUGGCUGGCUGAUCAAGGGCAUGGAUCAGGGGCUGCUGGGCAUGUGUCCUGGAGAGAGAAGAAAGAUCAUCAUCCCUCCGUUCCUGGCCUAUGGCGAGAAAGGCUAUGGGACUGUGAUCCCCCCACAGGCCUCCCUGGUCUUCCACGUGCUACUGAUUGAUGUCCACAAUCCGAAGGACACCGUCCAGCUGGAGACACUGGAGCUACCUCCUGGCUGCGUCCGGAGAGCUGUGGCUGGAGACUUCAUGCGUUACCACUACAAUGGCUCACUGAUGGACGGCACCCUCUUUGAUUCCAGCUACUCCCGCAACCACACCUACAACACCUAUGUGGGGCGGGGCUACAUCAUCCCAGGGAUGGACCAGGGGCUGCAGGGCGCCUGCAUGGGGGAGCGCCGGAGGAUCACCAUACCCCCCCACCUCGCCUAUGGGGAGAACGGGACUGGUAGGCAUGUCCCUGUGCUCGCGUUCUCCGCCUUCAUCAAAGCUCAAGUCAGUGAGGGCAAAGGACGCCUCAUGCCUGGGCAGGACCCAGAGAAGACCAUAGCAGACAUGUUCCAGAACCAGGACCGCAACCAGGAUGGCAAGAUCACUGUCGAGGAGCUCAAACUGAAGUCAGACGAAGACCAGGAGCGAGUCCAUGAGGAGCUCUGA